CUCUAAGUUAGUUUCGUUGUUUGUUGCUGCUUUGCUUAGGAUUUUGGGGUCUCGGGAUUCGUUUUCCAGCCUUCGCCUCCCAUCUGAGAUGAUGGUGAUUGGAUUCCGGUAUACGAUAUCACCUCUGUAUCGUUUCUGGAUGUAGUUUGUUGCUAUCCUUUGCCUCUCUGUUCUUAUCUCGCUGUAGUUGGAUGUUGGAGCCUUUUGAUGGUCUAUCGGCUUGAACGUAAUGGUGGUUGAAGAUAUACUGAAGAAUAAGGAUUUAUGAUUUAUUUGUGUACCCCAUGAGUCUGAACUCUAUGGCUUUCAAGCAAAAGAAGCGACUGAAGAACACAAGAAACAAGUAUCUAAAACCUGGUGCACUUGCCCAAAUCUGUUAUAACAAGACGUCAAGCAAAUCAUGCACAGAUAUUGGGAAGAAGAGGACUGUGUUGGAGUCAGAGAAGGAAGAAAUUGGUCUAAUGAGGGAAGCUGAGGUUAUUCAAAGUAAUACACCUGUGAUGUCUCCCACUAAGGUCAGCUCCCAGCCAGCAAUAGAUGAGGCCAAACAUCAAAACCCGCCUGUAACACCUAAGACACCACAAAGUGCAGUGUGCGACAGGCAAUCAAGACUUGAAACUCUCCCUAUGGAUCUUCUGAUUAAAAUCCUAUGCCAUCUGCAUCAUGAUCAGCUAAGGGCUGUUUUCCAUGUUUCUCAGCGAAUUCGAACAGCUGUACUUAUGGCUAGGCAAUUGCAUUUCAAUUAUACAACUCCCGACCGGUCUAGGCAAGAGAUGCUGAGAAAUAAGACCCCUCUUCCAACUGAACAUUGGCCUUUUGCAAGCAAAGCAGGAAGGAAGGGUACGUGGGGAUCUAGUCCACACACUCCUAAAGCUCCAAGACAUGGUUGUCGUUCUUCUCGUUUUCACCUGAUGGACGUGAAACAGAUUGCAGCUGUCCUAUUUCAGGAGCCCACAUUGCCCCCAAGACACAUGAUGCCGCCAUGUUUAUCAAGGCCAGUUUUCAAGCCCAUUGCUUCUACUAGAGUUCUAUUCUAUGAGGAAGAGCUCUGUCAGGCAGUAGCCCAGAAUAAGCUCCGUUGACACUCCUAUCUUCAUCAAUUUUCCAUAUAUUUCUUUCCGUUAGCUACUCAAUGUAUAUGCCUUUUCCUUUCAUAAUGCCAUGUGCAGGGUUAGCAGCUUAUGGUUGCUGCCUCAGGUUUUAGAAGUUAAGAGGGCAUAGAGAUGGAAUCAUCAGCUCAGAUCAAGUUGGUCAUAUGUCCUUUUAACAUAUACUGAGUUCUUUGUACAGUUCUUGCUAUAUUUUGUAUAUGCUUGUUUCUUCAUUUUGUUCUCAGUGUCUAAAAUACCUUGCUCUUUUACAUUUUAGUUGUUUGCAACAUGGAAAAAAAAAAUUUGCUAUUUGUGCAGUAGCAAUUAGUUUUUUUUUUCUUUUGGCAAUUAGAUGCUAAUCACUUAUAAUCAAACCUCUUGAAAUUGUAAUGCUUUAUGCAUAGUAUUGGACACCACAGAUGUAGGCUAUCCCCGACAACGGGGCUUGUUUGCUAGGGGGCUUGUUUGCUAGAGCACACAGGAAGGCAAAGCUCAGUACAGGAAAUUAUCUAAAGCAGCAGACAUUAGCAGACAUGUAGCUUUCAAUUUUAAGAAGAAUGGAUGGACUUUUGGUUUUUGGUGCUGGAUCUUUUUUGCAUGUCAAGUUUUCUUGUCUUUUAGCUGUACAUAGUAUUGUUAAUCUGGACAAGACGCUAUCUGCAUAAUUUGCAUAUGAAUGUCAAGUAGAAUCAUUUCGUUUUUGUGGCAUUUAAAGCUUGUUGAUGUUUUUAGCUUACUACUUGAAAAAUAUUAAGAGACUGAACUGGGUAGGAUGCAUAUAAAGCUAAGCUGAUCAUAGAUGCUGAAAAGAUACAAACGGUGUCAAUAACAUUAAAACAUUGGUUACAUAUCAGUAGGAAUCAGCCCAAUUAUAAACCUUGGACAAUGUAGAAUUAAUUGAGAUGGCAUAUCUGGUAGUAGUACCAAAGGGAAGGUAAAUUAGCUUUAGUCAAGCAAACUUGGACCAUACUGCUGAAGAAUUUGGGUAAUGAGCAUCUCUGCUGCCCUCUCUGUAGUGUGGAAGCUAUCCCAGAAUACAUACUCUGAAGCAUUUGCACAUGAAGUUGCAGUGAUGCUAUUACAUGUGAUUAUAACCUCAUAGUAACCUGUGCCACAACAUCCUCUUGUGGACUCCUUAAAACCUGAGAGAAAAAAAUCAUAAUCAAAGUCGUGCUAAAGCAUCAUAAUAAUUGGCUGUAUGAUUUUAUGUACUUUAAUUUUUAUUUAUGAUUUCAAAUGAAAUCUUUUUAGGUCUUUCUCUAUAUAUCCUCUUAUUACUAAAAUUACCGUAGGCGAAGGGCCGUAAGAUCAUAUCAAGCAAUGGAGUGUAUAUGUCUAUGUAGACUAUUUUUGAUCCCAACAGUGUGCUAUCGAGCCUUUGCACCUCCUUUGAUAGUUGGGAAUUGAACAUCGUUGCAGCUUCAUUGUACAGGGUAACACAUUCUCUCUCUAUUCCACCAGCAAGAGUUCUUUGUGAUGGCAUACAUCCUAUAGGAGGGGCUCCCAUGAUAGCAAUUCUUCUUGCUCCCGAGAGGUAGAGUUCCUG